AAAGAUUCAAUGUUUUUAAAACGAACUUUCUUGGAACGUUUGGGUUCGCCACAACCGGUACUAAAUAAGAAUGCAACUCAUAAAAUUAUAAAUCUGCCAUUAGCUCGAAAUUAUUCUUUCCGAUGUUUCGUUUCGGUUAUUAAAGUUCCCAUUGAAUGCAAGAAAAAACGUCUAAAUGACAAACAAUUUGCAAAAUAUCGUGAAUUUGGCCUAACCAUUCAGAGACAAGUCCACGUAACAGGAAGUUGCUUUGCUCAAGUCCAGAAAACUCGAAAGGACCCAGAUAAAAAAGAAAAGAAAAUUACAAAAGAAGCAGUAAAUGAACCUGUCGAAAUUCCAAAAGAAGACCCUUUGGAUUCGGAGAUUGAAGACCUAUUUCCAAUAAUCACCACAACGGAAAUUGAAUCUAAGAAGUCUUCUGGAAUCAUAUCAACGGAGUUUGAAGCCAUCUAUUCUGAGAUACAAGAGAAAUCCCACUGGGAACUGCCAAAACACGUAAACCCACGUCAUGGCCGUCUUACUAACUUAAUAUUCAAGACAACUAAUCGCGACGAAGCAAAGAUGUUGGCAAAAAUUUUUGCUCAAUGGCGUCGUCGACUACUACCGAUAACACGGAUAAAUACACGUUUUCUAGUAAAAAAAUUGGUAGCACCCGAGAUUUCUACGUAUGACGUAGAUUUGGAGUUG